AUGGUCAACCAUGGCCCCUCAAAGGGCUGCUUGACAUGCCGCAAACGACGAGUCAAAUGCGACGGGAACAGACCAAGCUGUCGUGAAUGUCUCCGGCUGCGACGCGUGUGUGGAGGUUACGAAUUAACGAAAAAGACAGGCGGGAUUCGUUUCAAGGACCAGGGCGCUGGUGCAAAGCUCCUCCCAUCGACAUCACGGUUCAGAAGCCCUCGCAAGUCGAUAACACCUGAAUGGGUAAUGCAGGCUGUCAUACCAGCAAUGAUUUCCCCCAGCGACGAAUCAUUUGCUGUCUCCUUCUUCCUCACCUCAAUCGCAGGCUUGGGACGCAGCUUCAACUCGACCCAGGGUUUCCUGGAACCUCUUUUCCCCGCCGUAGCCAAGGAGCAUCCCGACUCCGUCCUCUCGACCGUCCUGGCCGCCGUGGCAACGAAGCUCUGGAGCUUAUGGAAAUCCCCAACAAACACCUUUCGAACGCCUCAUCCUCCAUUUACCAAAGCGUUGAGCCGCCUGCAAGCAGCUCUCGAUGACCCCCUCGAGCGGUUAAAGGACAGUACUGUACUCAGCGCUAUCUUGAUGCAUUUCUACGAGAGCAUCGCUGCUCGAUCGACGCAUCAGCAUACCAUGCGCGCACACCAGGACGGGGCUCGUGCAUUGCUCGAUCAUGGCACCGGGAGUGUCCCCGACUCGGAUUGUCGUGCUUACUUGAGGGGUUACCUGCGGCACUGCGAUGUGUCGAACUAUAUGGAACUGCAACUAGACGAUACCUCGAGUCUGGAUGUUUGGUUCGAUGCAGGGUGGGACUAUUCUAUGCCAGCGAGCCCGAAUGCAGUUUUGGACCUGAUCGGGCUCUCGAUUGGCGGUUUGCAAAAGAGACUAUCUACCUUUAUGUGCGAGCUAGCCAAGAACAACCUAGAUGGGCUUACCCUCGCGACUUGGUGGCAGGACGCUUCAUCCGUUAACGCACAACUCUUGGAUUGGAUUUACUUAGUGCCGCCCUCGUGGCAGCCUUAUAAAAUACCCCAAGAAGACACUUUAGCUUACUUCGGGUUCUGCGAUAUAUACCCAACCGUCCAGAUCGCCACCAUCUGGAAUGUAUGGCGCGUUUGCCAGCUCAUGGUCCUGCGGAUGCAGUUCUACCUGCUUACCAAGGCACCCUCCGAGGCGCUGCAGCAAACCAUCUUGAUUGCUACGAAGGACUCCAGUUUCCCAGAUCCUAAUAACGGCAGGGAGUUGGUGGACUCAAUCUGUCGGUCCAUGCCAUUUUACCUGGGCAACCGCCGAAAUCACGGGGGUUUGCACGACUUGGACGACCCAGCGAUUAGAUUCCCCAACUACCACGACCAAGACUUGGAUGAAGCUAUACGUACCCAGUAUCUCCGAGGGGACCAGGCAAUGAGUCUCUUUGAUUACAAGCGACAUAUACUGAUUCAAGGCCCCUCGCACGCACUGCUUCACCUGAAUAGCCUGAUCAAAGUGCUGUCAAAGGAGGGCGGGGAGCUUAUCUGUCGUGAGCUGCACAGGGACAAAAUCGUCUGGAUACAUGAACAGUUCCUCCGGGUCUGUAAACUUACUGAUCCAGUCAGUCGGUUUAGAUACUAG